GAGCUUCGGUAUUGUUUCAUUUUUAAUUCAUGGAAACUAUUAUCGCUCACGUUCGUGAAGGGAAUCUUCAUGAAGUAAAAUUAUGGUUAGAUGAUAUAGAAAACGAUGUAAAUCAGGGCGACGAACAUCGGUUCAGCCUGUUACAUUGGGCUGCACGUGAAGGACAAAGAAAUAUAGUUGAUUUACUGGUUAUUCGUGGAGCUCGUAUUAACGCUACAAAUAUGGGUGAUGAUACAGCUUUACAUUUAGCCGCAGCUCAUGGACAUUUUGAUGUUGUACACUAUUUGUUAAAUUCUCACCGACUAAAUGUGGAUGCUGCAAAUGAACAUGGUAAUACAGCUUUACACUAUGCUUGUUUUUGGAACCAUUUAGAAAUUGCUGAAUAUUUGAUUAAAAAUGGAGCAUGUCUUAUGCAAGAAAAUAAAUAUGGUGAAACUCCAUUAGAGCUAAUUCGUCCACGUGCUGCGGCAUUAAUUGCUCCAUUAGCACAAGCUUUAGGACAUGAUUUAUCUCAUCGUCGACCUUUUCGUGAUACAAGCUGGAUUGGUACAAAAACACGAGCACGAGAUGCUACUUUAUAUCGUCUUGAAGGUGAAUCAUGGGAUCCUCGAGAAGUUGAAUUAACAGGUGCCUUAGCUGAUGGUCAUGGUGCUGAGGUACUGAAAGGUUCAUUUAGACGGUGUCCUGUAGUUGUAAAAAUGUUAAAACUACGAAAUUGUUCAACAAGACAGGCACGUGAUUUCAAGGAUGAAUUCCCGAAACUUCGCAUCUUUAAUCAUCCCAAUAUACUCCCAGUAUUGGCUAUUUUUACUGCCACGCCACGUUUAUGCCUUGUCAGUGACUUUAUGCAAUAUGGAAGUCUUUUUGAUGUUUUACACCAACCAGCUGAAGCCAAUAUACACGGUACAACUGAGAUAAGUCAUCGACAAGCUUUACGAUUUGCUGUUGACAUAGCCAAAGGUAUGGAGUUUCUACAUUCACCAGAAUUAAAAGUUCCCAAUUUUCGUUUGAACUCCAAACAUGUAAUGGUAGACGAAGAUAUUGCUAAAAUUGGUGUUUGGGAUACAGUUGAUACUGUUACACAUGGACAGAAUAUACAACAGUCAAUUAUACCUGAUGAAUCGUUAAUUGCUCGUUUAGAUAUGGCAGAUUACAAAUUUUCAUUUCAUGAAAAAGCUCGAGAAUACAAUCCAGCUUGGAUGUCACCUGAAUCUUUACAAAAAAAAGCAAGCGAAAUAAAUCUUGAAGCUUCAGAUAUGUGGAGUUUUGGUGUUAUACUCUGGGAAUUAACAACUCGUAUGAUACCAUUUGAUGGAAUAAAUCCUAUGAUUAUUGGAAUGAAGAUAAUGAAAUAUUGCUCAAUUGGAAAAUUAGAGGAUAAUGAUAACUGGUUAUGGUUUAAAAUUACAAAACAAUAAUUUAAAAAAACAAGAACAAAACAAAAUAUACUACAGAAGGGAAUUUAGGGCCAAGAAAGAAUGAGAGGUUGAACGUAUCGUUUUUUUUAUGUAGAGUUUGGGCUUGAAUAGGUGGAUCACCAAUGCCUUAGCAGAGAUAUAUGAAUGAUAGUUUAAUUAUUUGUGAAGAAGAUAUGAGUGUCAAUCAAAUUUUGAGUCAUUUCAGCAAUUGUUAUCACUCAAUUCAAUUCACGUUGAAAGUAGAGGUGGACGAGGUAUUCUAUUUUCUUGUUGUCUGGUUGAAAAGAAGGUCAGAUGAUUCUUUACAUAGAUCUAUAUAUAGAAAACCGGUUUGAAAUGGGCAGUAUAGUAAUUUUCAUAACUGGGUUCAAUUGCGUAGAAUGAAAAACUUAAUUUACUUUUUAUCCUCGAGGAUUAGGCGAAUGUGUUCUAAUGACACAAUAGAUGACGAACUACUUCAACUCCGCAGAUCCUCAUCAGAAAUGGUUAUCCACCUAGAUUCGUCGAUAGGAACUUAACACCUAGACAACAUGUUGAAAAGCUCCAACAGUUCGAAAGAAAACUUUUUAUGAAUAUCGAAUUUAAAGGAGAUACGGCUGCUGAAAUCUUGAAUAAACGGAUUUUAAAGUCCCCGAAUAGAACCUUCUACUCAGCUAAGUUCCGCAUUGUCUUAGCAAGCCGACCCACCAUUCACGGAUGUGUUGAGGAUAAAAUUCUGCUUUGGACCACAUGAAUGUGCAUCUACAAAUUUACUUGAUCUUGUGGGGCAAGUUACAUUGGUCGCACAGAACGAUCACUUUCUAGACGCAUCUCAGAACACUACCAAGCAUGGCUUUUAAAAGGAGAAUACAAAACAGUUACCAGUUCAAUACAAGAACAUCUAAUCAACUCUGAACACGUCACUCUGAAAUAGUCUUCUUUUAAAAUAACCUACACAAUCAAAGAAACUGGAUUAAAAGGUGGUCGAAUCAACUAUUCAAGCCCAAACUCUGCGUGUAAAAACGAUACGUCCAACCUCUUAUUCUUUCUUGGCCCUAAUUUUUUUCUGUAGUAUGUUUCGG